AUCCUUAAUAGGUAAAACCAACCAGACCAGAUCACGGCAGCCCCCUUGAAACAAAAAUAGGUCCCUAUUCCAAGGAGGGAAAGCUUAAAACAAAAAAGCAUAAAUACAGGCGCCCCCCUUGAACACAAAAAAGCACAAAAAGCACGGCCACCAUAAAAUAAGAAAAUUAAGAGGCAGGAUUUGAAAACCCUUUCUCUUUAAAAUAUAGAGAAAAGAGGGACCAAAGUGAAAGAAAAUCGAAAUAUAGAUUUGAUUUUCAAUCUGCAUUUUCAGCUAUCAAUUGCUGGUACUUUCAAGCAGUAGAUCUUUUGUUUUGAUAAGAAACGCAGCUAUCAAUGGCUGUGUUUUCGAGCUCCAACUUUGAAGCAGUAUUUUCUUUCGAGCGAUCUCAGUUUCUUUCCCGGCCACCAUCAUCUCUCUCACUCCGCUUCUUCUCUGUAUCUAUCGCCGCCGAUAACCGCAACCGCAACCAUCGCCUCCGGCACUCUUCUUCUUCUUCGAAACUCUACAAUCCCACCUUCGCUUGCCGCGCCUCAUGUGACUCUCACGAGACUGACUCCUCUCACAGGAAGGAUGAUGAUUCUUCAGUUCAUGGUCUAUCCAAAAAGAUAGUUGGUGUAUUAGGAGGAGGGCAAUUGGGUCGUAUGUUAUGCCAAGCAGCUUCCAAGAUGGCCAUUAAAGUUAUGGUUUUGGACCCUUCAGAGAAUUGCCCGGCUAGUGCCCUUGCUUAUGAUCACAUGGUUGGGAGCUUUGAUGACAGUGCUACUGUUGAAGAAUUUGCUAAAAGAUGUGGAGUUUUGACGGUUGAAACUGAACAUGUGGAUGUUGCCACUCUAGAGAAGCUUGAACAACAAGGAAUUGAUUGUGAACCUAAAGCUUCUACCAUUCGAAUUAUCCAAGAUAAAUAUCUCCAGAAAGUUCAUUUUUCUCGAUAUGGCAUUCCACUUCCUGAGUUUAUGGAGAUUAAUAAUCUAGAAGAAACCAAGAGAGCAGGCGAACUAUAUGGCUAUCCUCUUAUGAUUAAGAGCAAGAGGUUAGCUUAUGAUGGGCGAGGAAAUGCUGUUGCAAAGAGUGAAGGAGAGCUUUCUUCGGCCAUAGAUGUUCUUGGUGGAUUUGGUCAUGGCCUGUACGUUGAGAAAUGGGCUCCUUUCAUAAAGGAGUUGGCUGUCAUCGUGGCAAGAGGAAGAGAUAACUCUAUCCUGUGCUAUCCAGUUGUUGAAACUAUUCACAAGGAAAACAUAUGUCACAUGGUUAAGGCACCUGUUGACGUGCCAUGGAGGAUCAGAAAACUUGCAAAUGAUGUUGCAUAUAAAGCUAUAAGUUCAUUAGAAGGUGCUGGUGUCUUUGCAGUGGAGUUGUUUUUGACGAGGGAUGGUCAGAUUCUACUAAAUGAAGUAGCUCCAAGACCUCAUAAUAGUGGUCAUCACACUAUUGAGUCCUGCUAUACAUCACAGUUUGAACAGCAUUUGCGGGCUGUUGUUGGUCUUCCUCUCGGUGAUCCAUCCAUGAAAACUCCAGCUGCUAUCAUGUACAAUCUACUGGGUGAGGAUGAAGGGGAGCCAGGUUUCAAAGUGGCUCAUCAACUUAUAGCAAGGGCACUGGAGAUUCCAGGAGCUACUGCUCAUUGGUAUGAUAAGACAGAAAUGCGAAGGCAAAGGAAGAUGGGUCAUGUAACUCUUGUUGGCCCUUCUGUUGGUGUUUUAGAAGCACGGCUGAAAUCAAUGCUGAGGGAAGAAGGUUAUGAAAAUCUGAAUGAAGCUGCACCACGUGUUGGGAUUGUAAUGGGUUCGGAUUCAGAUCUUCCAGUUAUGAAGGAUGCAGCUAGAAUCUUAAAUAUGUUUGGUGUGUCUACUGAGGUUCGGAUAGUCUCAGCACACCGGACCCCUGAACUGAUGUACUCUUAUGCCUCCUCUGCUAGGGAGCGAGGCAUUCAGGUUAUCAUUGCUGGGGCUGGUGGUGCAGCUCACUUACCAGGUAUGGUAGCUUCACUUACACCUUUACCUGUUAUCGGUGUCCCUGUCCGUGCCUCUACAUUGGACGGAAUCGAUUCACUCUUGUCAAUCGUGCAGAUGCCAAGGGGUGUUCCUGUUGCAACGGUUGCAGUAAACAACGCUACAAACGCAGGAUUGCUGGCAGUAAGGAUGUUGGGAGUUGGUGAUGCUGAUCUAUUGGCGAGAAUGAAUCAGUAUCAAGAAGACACAAGGGACUAUGUCUUGACAAAAGCUGAGAAGCUACGGAAGGAUGGUUGGGAAGCUUAUUUAAAUCAGUAAGAGUAACGGCUUACUAGAAGGAUGGUUGUGUUUUCCAAUAUGGCUUCGCUUAAAGUUACAGUUACAUUCCUUUUCUGCAUUAUUUUGUUAUUCGCCUACCAACAUUUUUCCGCCAUAAGGCCUCUCCCUCAUGUUGAAGAUCACCUGUUUGCUGUGAUUUUCAAUAAAAAUCUUAUAAUUCAAGUGCUUCAAAGGGGUAUGGUGCCACCGUCUGGUGAAAACCCUUGCACUAAUAUACCUCGACGUAGCGGCGGUGGCACCUACACAAGUAAUUUAUUUCUUGUAAAUUGGUUUUUUUUUUUUCCGGGGAAGAACCCAUGGGAAAUUAUUGUAGGAUUCAAUUAGUUGAUAAUUCUUUUUAUUUAUUUUACUAUUAUUCCAAUGUUAGUAUGACAGGAUUACGUUUUAUCUUAAUUUCUUUAUUCAAAUAUAAAUAGAAAUUACAAUUUAAAUUCAUUCAUAUUAAAA